ACGUCUCUGAAAAAACUUUCCGACAGCCUUCAUGACAUAUUCAAGCAGCGGGGCACAUUGUUUGAUCUGGAUGAGGCCCUGAAGCUCCAUCGAGCUGUACUGGUGCUCGCUCCUCCUGGUCACCCCGAUCAAUUCGAUUUUCUCCACCACCUUGCCAACAGUCUUCGAGCUAUAUUUGAGCAGCGAGGCGCCUUGUCUGACCUUGAUGAGGCCAUCAAACUCCAUCGAGCUGCACUGACACGUCCCUCUGGGAAUUAUGCUCGAUCUGUAUCUCUCAACAACCUUGACAUCACCAUUUUUUUGCAAAUCGAGCAGCAGUACACUUCAUCUGGCCUUGAUGAAGCAAUUGUGACUCACGGAGAUCUGGUGGAUGUCAUCACUCAUGCAAAUCGGCCUUAG